AUGGAGUCAAGCGGCAAGGUGGUGAGCAGCACAUUUGCCAUCUUCUUGGUUCUCCGUCUGGGUCUGAUGCCCAUUAUGGCUCAGCAAAAUGAACUACAGAUUGGGGUCGCAGGACAGGCGGUGAUCCUGAACUGCAGAAGCAUACCUCAUGGCACAGGUGUGACCUGGAAGUACUAUAAGGCUGUUAUAAGGCAGUUUACAACUGCCCAUUUCAAAGGCAAAGCGACCAUGAGCGAUCGAUCUGAAAUCAACCCCAACAGUAAACACCUGAAAGUGUUGGACUUAAGGCUUUCUGAUGCUGGCACCUACACCUGUGAAUAUGGCUCUCAUACAGUCAGUAUCUCACUGCAUGUCUUUAAAUUGACAAUCCCUUUAAACGGCCACUUCCUGACAAAUGAUGCCCCCGAGCUGACUUUAAUGCAAAAUUCAUCUUAUCCUCUACCCCAUCUCAACAUCACAUUGUUUAACAGUAACAAUAACAGAGUAAGACCAAAGCUCUCACAAAACGAGACCCGUCAAAAAUACAUACUGAUGUUACAGCAACUGGAGGUUACGGACAGCGGGACCUGGAUGUGUCACGUCCAUUCAGACUCUCCAUUGAUUAAUCAGAACAUCUCCUUUGAUGUGAAGGUAUUAGGUUUUCAGAAUCCAGAUUUGGAAAGAAAGUAUGCAACUGUUGAUAGCCCUGUCAUCUUGUCAUGGCAUCUGAACUUCCAGAAGAUAAAAUGGAAAGAAGGUUUCACAGGACAACUGACUUGGAAACAACAGGAAAACGCAACCUCUCAUGAGCUACUUGAUUUCAAUGUCACAGCACGAGGAGAGCAGCAUGAGACCAAAAAAAGCAGACGCUUUCAGUUUGAGAUACCUGAAAGCAAACCUGAAAGUACCAUAGAAGUGAAACUCCCCAAAGUCUAUUUCAACCACUCUGGGCAGUACCAAUGUCAGCUGGUGUACAAUGGAAGACACAUGCAGAGCAAGAUAGAGCUGGUGGUGAUGAAAGUCUCAGCUAACCCUGUUGGACCACUCCCCAGAGGGGCCAAGAUGACCCUGAUCUGCCAGGUCUCUAGUCCACUCCCAUCCAACGCCCACUUGCGCUGGGAACGUGUGAAUGGGACUCAGAUGGACAUCAAGAACUCAAAGCAGCAUGAAAUAAAGGUGGAGGUGAACGUCAGUGCUGCAGGGCUGUGGAACUGUCACCUCAUAGAAGACAAUGACAGGAAGAUCAGCCUUAAUUACCCUGUGGAGGAAGAUCCUGUUUGGGUUAGCUAUGUGGUAAUUGGAGCAAGUAUUGGAGGCAGUGUAUUGGUGUUUGGCCUUGCAUGCCUGUGCAUCAUCAGUGGUAUAAGCUGGCAGCGGAGAAGGCAACGGGCGAAAAAGAUGGCACGAGCAAGACAAUACUUGCUGGAAAACAAGACAUGUCAGUGUCAACA